CCGGCCGGCGAGCCCCGUCCUCCCCUUUGCCAGGCCGACUGAGCCGUGGAGGAGCCCGGAGCAGCCGGGCCGGUGCCCUGCGUACCCCAGACAUGGUGGGCCACCUGCAUCUGCAGGCCAUGGGGGACAGCCUGCAGGAGCAGAGCCCAGAGGGCUUGUUGGACAGUCCGGACUCUGGGCUGCCCCCCAGCCCCAGCCCACCCUUCUACACCCUGUCGCCUGGCGCCUUGGACACCCGUGCCACCUCGGAGCCACCAGGACCCCGCGAGGCCCAAGCGGCCCCUUCUCUCCUCCUCACCCCCCUGGCAGCAUCUGAGAUGAGGCCCCGGCUGCUGCCUGUGUUCUUUGGGGAGACCAUCAAGGUGGACCCUGAGCCAGCACAUGAAAUCCGCUGCAACUCUGAGGUCACCUAUGCCUCUGAGAGGCACUUCCGGGACAAGAUCUUCUAUGUACCAGUGCCCACGGUCACGGCCUACAGUGAGACCAUCGUGGCUGCACCCAACUGCACAUGGCGAAACUACCGCAGCCAGCUGACCCUGGAGCCACGCCCGAGGGCCCUGCACUUUGGCUGCACCACCAUCAUCUUCCCCAAGCUCGCCCGCAGCUCCUUCCGCACCACGCUGCACUGCAGCCUGGGCCGGCCACGCUGCUGGUUCUCCUCCAGCCUACAGCUGCAGCUGUAUGGGGACCCCACAACCAGUCCCCACAGUCCCGAUGCUCUCUGAAGAGUCAAGGUCCGGAGGCAGAGGACAGUCCCAGGGAGGGGCUCAGAGGACAGAUGGAAGGGGCUCACCCUGGAGCCUGGGCCCUAGGAGGUGCAGAGCCCAGAAGCUCCUGCUAACAGGGACAAGGCUGCUCCUGGCUACCCGCCCAGGCCACAGGUUGGGCUGGCUGUGACUGCUCAGCAUGGAUGGAUUGUCAAUGCAUGUCUUUCAUUAGCCUGUACAGCAGCCAGGGAGUGUGGGCACUGGGAGAGAGCUAGGGCUGAGUGUGUCCUGAUGUGCCCUUGACGCAGAGCCAACCCUGCACACUGCAGGACACAGGCGUUCCUAGCUUCAGCGGUGACCUGGCUCCCAGGCUGAGUGUGAGUGAAGAGGGUUGCCAAAUCCUGAAGAGGGGUCCUUUCCAAAGUGGGUCUUUUAAAUGCACAGCUUAUCCUGGCUUAAGGCUCCUAAUUUGGAGGGCUGAGCCAGCUCAGGUACUAUGCACUCAGAAGGGACAAAGGUGGCAGCCAGAGCCACCCAGAAAGUGCCUCAUACCAUAACUGACCCUGGGUCCUGUGGGGCUGGGCCUUUCAGUCAGAAUUCCAAGUUUCUCCCAGAAGGUGACCCACAUGUGACAAAUUCAUGAUGAGACUAGAAUUAUGGAACGUUAAAGCCCUUCUGCCAGGUGCCCAGGUGAGGCAUCAAGGCUGACAGAACAUCAGGGGCACCUGCCUGUGACUGAAACUAGACUAGAGGUCCAAGCCCAGCUGUGAUCUUAGCAAAACCAUGGCUUCCUCUCUUGGCUCUGGACCCUAUCCCGGAUGGAUUCUGUAACAACUGCAUGAGAUUCCUGAGUGCCCAGGUCCACCCUCAUGUCCAUUGGGUUGUGGAGGGAAAAUACAAAAUUCAGAGAAACUGGGCUAGGGCUCCCCUGGGACAAGUGAGUGGUGAUGUAGGCUGGGGACACUAUAACCAGGCAGUGCCCUGACCACUAAGACUACCCCAGAAGUCUCACUGUAGCUAUGGAGGUGACUCUCUGACCUGAAGUGCCCAGUACCCAGGGGUCGGCCUGCUACUCUAUGGUGGCUCCCAGGAGGGAGGGGCAGCCCUCCAUGGGGCAAGGAUGAACCACAAGAAGGUGACAUCUAGGAGAUGCCAAAUGACUGAUAUAUUUUUAUAUAUUUACACAGAUAGUGCAUCAGAGGUGUUUUCUGGUUUAAGAAUAAAUUAAGAAUUCACUGGAUGAUCUCAAUAAAGUAGACAAACCCAA